CAUCAUGCCUGAACCAGCCAAACCCGCGCCCAAGAAGGGCUCUAAGAAGGCCGUCACCAAGACCGCCGUUAAGGGAGGAAAGAAGCGCAGAAAGUCCAGGAAGGAGAGUUACGCCAUCUACGUGUACAAAGUGCUCAAGCAGGUCCACCCCGACACCGGCAUCUCUUCCAAGGCGAUGGGCAUCAUGAACUCUUUCGUCAACGACAUCUUCGAGCGCAUCGCCGGUGAGUCGUCUCGUCUCGCGCACUACAACAAGCGCUCCACCAUCACGUCGAGAGAGAUCCAGACCGCCGUGCGUCUACUGCUGCCCGGUGAACUCGCCAAACACGCCGUGUCCGAGGGCACCAAAGCCGUCACCAAGUACACCAGCUCCAAGUAAAGCGCCGCUUUCAUCCGCCGCACACAAAGGCUCUUUUAAGAGCCACCCAUGACGUCACUAAAGAGCUUCUAAUAUUGGGUUUAUAGGAGUCGUGUUGAAUCUUUGCACAUCUCGCUGAUAAACAUUUAUAUUAUUCUAUUAUACGAAGUAAUUAAUAUUCCGUCUCGUGUUGUAUCUCAAAUGAGGAACACGAGUUUGUUUAAAUCAAGACUAUAGAUCGUCACGUGCCUUGACAAUAUAGAUGCAGAACAAUUGAAUGUUCAUGUGUCUGUGUAGGGGGUCAAUAAGUGUCAACCAAACUCGUUGUCUUUAAUCUCAAUGUAAAGGUCCAGUUAGUAAUUGUUUCAAUUCAUUUGUACAACUCCAAACUGAAAG